AUGGCCGACGAAACGGGUGAAGUGCGGUCGCUGCUGAUGCGUCACCGGUUGUCGAUUGUGCGUGAUUUGAUUGGUACGAGUUUAGUGCAGGUGUUGCUAAAGGCCGGCGUCGUAACAGCCGCCCAGGAGGAACAGCUGACCGGUGAAGCCAGUCUCGAUGCGCGUUGCGAUCAACUGAUCGAGCUGAUUGCCCGCGAUGGGUUUGAAAAGUUCAAACAAUUCUGCUACGCCAUCGAGUCGGAGUGUAGCCAGCUGAUUUCCGACCUGAUCAACGACAAACUGUCCCAGGUUGAGGAUGCCGACCCGGAUGACAGUGUGGGGUAUGGGGGAGUGAUUAAUACUAGCAACGUUUCGUCAACCGCUCCAGCUAUCAUACAGCCUCCGGUCGAAGCCUCCUUUGCCGUGACGGACGGGAUGGAUAUCGGUAUGGCUGGAGUCACGCACGAUGAUUCGUCACUCAAGAAUGGCAGGGACACAAUUGAUUCGAAUCGUUCGCGAAGAAGCACCAGCUACUGCGGCACUUCAACACCGACACCUACGACCGUCACGAUCGGCAAUGCCAUUUCCUCACGACGUUCCUCCCUUAUUUCGGCCACUGCAUCAGCGGCCAGCAGUCAGCAGCAGCAACAACCUCCACCAAUACCUCAGUUACCAUCGAAGGCGGCAGUCGCAACAGUCGCAACCCAUAUCGAUCUGGCCGGAUGUGGUGAGAGCAAGUUUGCCGUUUCGAACAACAAUUUUAACAACUCAUCCGUAAGCAAUGGCAGCAGCAGUAGCAGCAACAACCAAAGUAACAACCAUCAGACAUCGAACGGUGGCAGUUCCGCCGUUAGUACGGCGACCGUCAACGGUGUUCCCGAUGCCAGUGUGCUACGCAGCAUCCGGCAGGCGUUGGGUCAAGGCCACUUACCGCCAUCAAACAAGCGGCUGCAAAAGUCGGAAUCGGCCGCCUACUCCUACUUUAAUCCGAAGCGGUUUAGCUCACCGCCGUUCGGUGAAAUUACCGGCGGUACCACUGAUCGGAGACUGAACUUGAAGAACAAAACGGCUAGCCUGUUUCGGAGCAAGUCGAAAAAGGAACAGCGUACGUACCGGUCGGUGAAUGAAACGAUCGAGGUACUAGCGGAUCAGGUGGUUGAGGAUGAGAAAGCGCUGGAGAGAACGUCAUGGGAUUACAGCACAGUAACACUUUCCCGCGUAACCGGUUACGGGUUUGGCAUAGCGGUGUCCGGUGGUCGUGACAAUCCACACUUCGCAAACGGUGACCCAUCGAUCGCGGUUAGCGACGUGCUGAAGAAUGGUCCGGCCGAGGGUCAACUACAAGUGAACGAUCGAAUCAUUUCCGUUAACGGUGUGUCUUUAGAAAACGUCGAGUACGCCACAGCUGUACAGGUGUUGCGCGAUAGUGGCAAUACCGUGACACUGAUGGUGAAACGACGCGUACCCAAUCACAGUCUGAUGCAUCCACUACCGGGUGCGAAUAUGCAUGGGAUGGCAGUAGGAUCGGGUGGAGGUGGUGUUGCAGGGCUGCCCGGUGGAUUGGCAGGACCAGGUGGCGCAGGUGCGAUGGGCGUAAUGUCGACGGGUGUGGGGAUGAACUCACAUCAGCACCAGCACAGCAUCAGCUCGACCGGGCUGGGUCUCGGUGCAAAUAAUGGAUCUCAGCAGCAAAUCAAAGUCAUCGUCACGAAGGCGAACAAAAAGGACGACUUCGGCAUUGUCCUGGGCUGCCGAUUGUUUAUACGGGAAAUAUCAUCAAAGACUAAAGAUCAGCUAGCGGCUAAUGGGUACGCACUGCAGGAAGGUGAUCUGGUAACACGAAUCCACAACACCAACUGCAAUGAUUCGAUGAGCCUUAAAGAGGCGAAAAAGAUCAUUGACGGUUGCAAAGAGCGGCUAACGCUUGCGGUGUUGCGCGAACCGAACGGUGUUAGUGGGAACUAUGGUGGAGGGCCUACCGGUGGAACUGCUUCCGGCAUGCAAUCGCCUGUCUACUCCCAUACGGCCCAGGUGUCCAACUGUAGCAAUAUGGAUGAUAAUUAUCUCAACGGAACUGGUUCAUACUCGGGGCAGAAUUUGUACGUGCAACCACCGACGCGACCGUCCGCCAUGAGUACGCUGUUAGCGGAUGAUAAAAGCAACCUCACGCCGAGAGGACGUUCCAGAGGACCGUUGACAGAUAUUUCGCUGCAGCAGCUCGAUCGUCCCAGCACACCUCCGGGAACGUCUAGCCGCACUGCGGACACGGGAGCUGCCGGACAUUCGCGAUCACGCAGUGUCGUUGACGAGCCUCCAAGACCUCCACCACCGAGGGGUGAAGAUUUCUACGCGACCCGCCGUCAGCUUAUGGAGGAAAAGCCCCCCACGACCGAGCCACGAUACAUCACAUUCCAAAAGGAGGGUUCGGUCGGGAUACGGCUGACGGGCGGUAACGAGGUGGGCAUCUUUGUGACGGCCGUACAGCAGAACAGUCCCGCCUCCGUUCAGGGUCUCGUAACGGGGGACAAAAUAUUGAAGGUCAACGAUAUGGACAUGAACGGAGUUACCAGGGAGGAGGCUGUCCUCUUUCUGCUUAGUUUGCAAGAUCGCAUCGAUCUGAUCGUACAGUACUGCAAGGAAGAGUUCGAUAGCAUUACGGCACAGCAGCGGGGCGAUUCGUUCCACAUCAAAACGCAUUUCCACUGCGAUACGCCAACGAAAGGUGAACUGUCCUUCAAAGCCGGCGAUGUGUUCCGGGUGAUCGAUACACUGUACAAUGGUGUAGUCGGUGCCUGGCAGGUGCUGCGCAUCGGCCGUGGACAUCAAGAGCUGCAACGCGGUGUCAUUCCGAACAAGGCUCGCGCCGAGGAGCUGGCGACGGUGCAGUUCAACGCGAGCAAGAAGGAACUGAAUUCUUCCGAGUCGCGUGUUAGCUUCUUCCGCAGGCGUCGUUCGACGCAUCGCCGCUCAAAGUCACUUUCGCGCGAGAACUGGGAUGAUGUGGUGUUCUCAGAUGCCAUCUCCAAAUUUCCCGCGUACGAGCGUGUCGUAUUAAGGCAUCCGGGCUUUGUGCGUCCCGUUGUCAUCUUUGGCCCGGUGGCGGACAUAGCGCGCGAGCGUUUGAUGAAAGAUUUCCCCGACAAAUAUACGGCACCGCUGCAGGACGACGAUAAAGGCUCGUCCAAGUGUGGUGGUAUCGUGCGCCUGUCAAACAUUCGUGACAUUAUGGACCGUGGCAAACAUGCGCUGCUGGACGUGACGCCGAAUGCGGUCGAUCGUCUGAACUACGCACAGUUCUACCCAAUAGUGAUAUUCUUGAAGGCGGAUACAAAACACACAAUCAAGCAGAUGCGCCAAGGAUUACCAAAAUCGGCACACAAGAGCAGCAAGAAGCUGUUCGAGCAGUGUCAGAAGCUGGAACGCGUUUGGUCCCAUGUGUUCAGCACAACGAUCAACCUCAACGAUCCGGAUACAUGGUAUCGGAAGCUGAGGGAUUCGAUAGACCAGCAACAGAGUGGUGCAGUUUGGAUGUCGGAGACUAAGCCCGUAGAAUCUUUGUCCGAUGAUUUCCUGUUCCCCAUGACCACAUCCCGUCUUUCCUACGCCUCGAGUCCAGAAUCGGAUCUGGAGCUAAGCCCGGGCCCGUCAGCAUCACUCUCAUUGGGCAACUUGCCACAGUUGGUGAAAUCCAGCUCUGAUCCAUCGAUUGCCACUAAUCAGGAUAACUUGGAUAGGGAUAGAGAACUCGGUGACGGCAUGCCACCACCAUACACGAAUCCGUACGAACAUGCGCCUCACUCCCGUCGAAUGACCGUUGAUAACAAGUAUGGAUUUUCAUCAAGCAAAAAUGGUGGAGGUGCACCGGGAAUGAAUCCCGAAGAUGCCAUUUACGGUUCGUCGACUUCAAGAGCCGCUCCGGCGCUGCAAGGUUCAUCGAACGGUCCACACUUUGGAGCGGUUCCAGAUUUACCUCCUCGUAUCGACAGAGCGUCUAAACCGCCCAACGCACCCGGUGCUCCUAGUACGCCAGGGUCUUCGCUGCCAUCGCGUAACUCAAGCUCGGGCGGUACGCUUGGUCGUUCCGCACAGGAACGACUCUUCGGUAAUGGGAAACAAUCGUCCGCUGAUACGUUACACGAUCCCACAUCGGGCCACGAUGAAUACAGCAGCAGAAAUCAACUGCUGGGACACGGAGGAGGACCCGACAAGCGACCUGCACUUCCACCGAUGGUAAACGGAGCAACGACGGCCCCAGGCACCGGUAGCUCCUUGGAGCGUAACGCCAACACAUCACUGGAUCGCAGUGCAGGUGGCCGUACGGCUGGUCAUCAUCAUCCUGCUUCGUCCGGCAGCAAUCCGAACACGUCGAGUAAAGCGAACGGAUCGUACGAUAGUGUUUCCAGCUACGAUUCCUACAAUACAUCAUCGCAGCUGACCGCACAGAAUAUGAGGUUAGGACCCAAUGCACCCGAUGAUCUGAAAUCGGUGCCCAACAAUCGGAAUGGAGCACAUUCACUGGGAGGAAACGUAUCAGGCAUUUCAGAGUAUGGAAGAAAUCCUUCAAUGAACACUUCAUCUGAUAUGUUGCUUACGACGGCUAGAAGCAACUAUAAUGGUACUGGAGCUCAUGAAACAUUAACGCAACGAAACUCAGGCGAUCGUUCCGGUGGUGGAAUGAAUAUGCCACAAAGGCCAACCAAUCUCGUGCUGGACAGUCCACGGAAGCACAUCAUCGAAACGAAAACGGAUUACGGCAAAUACAGUCGAAACAAUUCAGCAUCGCAGGCCGAUUACUCGAAGCCUAACAAAGGACCGUCGAUGAUUGGUUCACCAGGACAGCCACCCGGUGCUGCUAUGGGACCGAAUUUGGCUAAUGGCGCACCAUUUAAACCUGUUCCCCCGCCAAAACCUAAAAACUACAGACCUCCAGUCGGCGGUACCGGAAAUAAUGGUUCUGGAAUGCAUCAUUCGGGACAGUGGGAUAAUGGGGAACCAAUUUCACCUCGCUCACCUGAUGGUUUUUAUUAUCCUCCCAUGGCUUCAUCACAUUACCACCAGGGUAUGGCCCACAACGUGCCGAGUUCACCAAACAAUGGCGGGUCCCAUGCACCAGGCAUGCACCCGUACAAUCCGUACACGGUUGGAAAUGGUGCUAGCGGCGGCAAUGGAGGCCCAAUGUACAACGGCAACACCAACGGUAGUCAUUCUUAUAUGAGCAAUGGUGUCAGGGACAUGGGUGCAAUGGGGGCAAGCAAUGGUUAUAACAACGGUAACGCACAAUACCCCUACGGCAAUACUUACAUGCAUAGAGGUAAUGGGACAGGAACUCAUGGCAUAGGCAACAUGCCACCACUACACCCAACCGAUCGACAUGCGCUCGAUCUAGCCGGAAGCCGAGAGCAACGAGGAUCGGCAUUCGAGCUUUAUCGCAAACCACAACUUGGUACGAUGGUUGGGCACCACCACAACAUACGAGACAUGGAGCCCAUGAUGUCGAUCCAUGAGUUCAACCAGCACCAGCAACAUCUGAUGCAUCAGGAACGGAUGCGCCAGUUGCAGCAACAGCCAUUACCACCCAUACCGGGUCCCCCACCUCGUGGACCUUAUCCGGGGCACGAUCCAUCCCUGCCACCAGCGUUACCGGCCAAACCGCCGAAGAAAAACAUUCUGAAAUCACCGCUGAAAGCAAUCAAGAACGCAUUCAUUAAAUCUACCCGCCCGCUACGGCGGCAGGUGAGUUUGGUGGGUGACACGGAUAAAAAGUCGCUCAGACCGAUACUGAAACGACAGCACUCGUUGAUGGAACCGCGAUCGGCACGAAUGCGCAUGUCGGAUCAGCAACAGCAACAGCAGCAGCUAUACGAUCAGCGUUCAAUGUACGCCCAAGAGAUGCAACAGCAGGCGUAUUACAACGAUCGACGCUAUCCGUCGUCCUAUCAGGGACCAUAUUCUCCGCAACCCGUUCGUGGUUACCAUCGCCAUGAACCAUACUAUCCGAAGGAUGGAAACAGUACCUAUCAGAACUUGGAGCUGGAAUCAAUGUACGGUAACCACGGUAGAGGCUAUUACGAUCAACAAAGCGAUGGCCAGGGUUACUAUCCGCCGGACGAAAAUUUGUACGCAAACCGGGCACUCAUUGAACUAGAGCGUAGCAGAGCGCCUUUAGGACCGGGAGCAACGGUCAGUACGCUUGGGCGACGCAUUGUACGGCGGCACAGUAUGGCCGAUCGAACCGCUCCAUCGCCCAGCUUCAAUCAACUGAACCGUCGACGAAUGGGUUCCGAGCGGGCUCCCCAUCACGCCUCUAUAGUGGAUCACCACCGUGCGGCGAUGGCCAACGUGAGUCACGGUUCUGGCCACGAUGAGUCUAUCUAUCAGAGCAAGAGUGGCUCUUACCUGUACAACGAAGCGCGCGAGCACUCGCGCCGAGCGUUCGAAGAGCCAGUGUAUCAAAGCCGGCGAGAAAUGCACCGUGAUCAUUUGUACCAGAGCAAGCAGCAGAUGCAAGAUCGCAUCCAGCAAAGCCGAAUGGUUGAAAUGCAACCACCAGCAUCGCAACAGCAACCACAUGGUUCUUCCCCGGCUUCCGGGAAUGGCAGUAGCUCGGGGAUGGGUGGCACAACAACUUCCGCCGCAAGCGAUCGUUUCCCGCGCAAUCAGGGUCUGGCCGGUGGUGGUGGCACUACUGCCAGCGGUUCCUGCUCUAGCUCUCCCAACUCACCGUCGAGCAGUUCCUGCAAAAGUGGCUACUCUUCAUCGCGCAACGGUGGCGAAAUGCGCGAGCGGCGCACACAGAUGCGUGAACAGAUUUAUCAAUCGCGCAAAGAGGCGAUGGAAUCGAUGGCCGAACCAGUGUACGUUUCACGCAGAGAGCUCAAACAUGAACCGAUCUAUGAAUCGAAGAACGAGCACGAAUCGGCCUCAUCCAUGGUAGAAGUCGUGGAACAGUCAGUCAGUCAAAUGCAAGGACUUUCUUUAACCGUGGCUGAAACAAUUGCCGACGGCGAUCUUAAGGACACCAAGGUAAAAGAGCCUGAAACGAGCGCUACGACGAACCAUGACGAACUGAGGUCUCCAAACGCCACGCCGUCGGUUACUCGAAAACCGCACAGCUUGGCCGCUCCUUUAGCCGCCGAAGAAGAGGACGAUGUGGAGGAGGAGGAAGACGAACAGGAAAAGAGUGGGGAACGGACGCUAACCGUAAGCAACCAAAACGAUUCUACCUUCGACAAGCUGAUGACUGGAGCCCAGGGUCCCGGCAGUCCCGUUGCAACGUCAUCUCCGGUGAUGGUGCCACCGUGCAUUGGCACACCGAAAAGUAUCCGAGCGACGCACAUAUCGAACUUUUUGAAACGAACUGCCCCUCCGGUAAUGCCACCACCUCCACCACCACCGACAGCUACCACGACACACAGUAGGCCACCACCGGAACUGCUGGGACCAGUGUACGCGAGCCGCACGUCCAUCGAGACACAGUACACGGCGGCGGCGACCGGCUCACAGAUGAGCCUACCGAUCGGACCACCGAACGCGACCAGCACACCGUUUGCGAGUGAACUUUCGCUCGGGUUGCCACCGCCACGGCAACCCAUUACCCGGCGCGGUAUGUUCGAUGCGUCCGGUGGCAGUUUGGCCGAUCCGAUCUGGAACGUUUCGCUGCAGAUACCGGCCGGGGCGAUACCGCCGGGCGUUCAGCAAGAGAUCUACUUCACCGUCACCGAUCCGCGGCUAAGCGAAAGCGUCGGUGGACCACCGCUGGACAUGGAGAAUGGUGAAACGAUGCUAUCGCCACUGGUAAUGUGUGGUCCUCAGGGAACAGAGUUUCUUAAACCGGUCACACUCAACAUACCACACUGUGCCGGGCGCACCGCCUCACUGGGGCUGUCUUUAAAAGCGACAGAUAGUGAGAAAAAUCUGCAAACCGAUUGGGAAGAUAUCGACUUACCGAGCAAUACUGCGGCCCAUACCGUCUCGGUAAAGGUGGAUCAUUUCUGA